AUGGCUACCAUGGAUGACAUGGACAAGUUUGUCAACUGGGACAACCCUGAGCUGGUCAUGGAAGACGACAAUCAGUUCGCCCUUCAGGACGUCGACGCCGCCUUUGCUGGGAUGGAUACCGACCUCGUCUUUGAGAACAUCAAUGAGGAUGACUUCAGCUUCAACGCCCUUCAACACUUCACUGACCAACACAUGGCCGCCAAUGGUAUGGACAUCCCGGCCCCUGUGCCGGAUGCCACUGAAGAACAAGUGGUUCAUGCUUACUUCUGGGAGACACCUGCCGUCCCCUGCUCCCAAUGUUCUCUGGGAGGGUACUCUUGCAAGAAAAUAAGAGAGGGUCGGUACAAAGGCUACUGCACCAGCUGCGUAGCCUUGACCCUCGAGUGCAGCUUUGGGGGCGAAGUGCCUGCCAACCUGAACCCGAAAGCUGUAUCGGUCCCAACGGCUUCAAUGACGGGCCUGGACAGCGACCUAAGUGCAAUCUUGGACGAAACUGCCAUGUACAAUCGCGAUACUACAGCGACAGCAGACCUUCUAAACAUUACUAAUGCCGUGUCCGAUGGACCUGUACUCGUUGCGCCCAGGCCUCAGGCCCCUCCAGCUAAAAUAGGUGCCCGUUUCUCGAGGGAGUCAGUUCGUAUUCUGAAAACCUGGUUGACGACCCAUAACAGACAUCCUUAUCCUAGUGACGAGGAGAAAGAAAUGCUGCAAAGGAACACAGGGUUGAGCAAAACCCAAAUCACCAAUUGGUUGGCAAAUGCUCGACGCCGUGGCAAAGUCCAACCCCCUCGGUCUACUUCGCCACAGGUUGGUAACUGGUCGUCUAGCGGCAUCGGUUCCAUCGAUAUUCCAAAACGACGCGGAACACCCGCAUUGGAAACCAUGAAUCCCCUUCAACGUUGGGAGCACUCUCCCCCCGAAAACGAACCGGCCUCAGUGACUGCCAUUGCACGGGCCGUGACGGCUUCAUCGUCUGGGCUCUCGUCUGGACUGAACAGUCCCUUCAGCACCGUUAAUUAUACAGAUGAUGGAUCCAGUCGAUCACUCUGCAACCAGUCCUCGGUUAGCAGUUUGGGCACCUCGCAAUCUAGCAAUGGCUCACGGGGAUCCGCCUACUCUUAUGCAUCUCGCAAUUCAUUUGGAUCUGCCCGUUUCAGCAACCAUGGCCGUCGCCGACGUCGCCGAAGGCCCACACCAAAUCAGAGCCAAGAGGAAAGUGGCAAGGGAAUCAAGUCUGCCCCUCGAACCUUCCAGUGUACUUUCUGUACUGAGACGUUCCGAACUAAACAUGAUUGGCAACGGCAUGAAAAAUCUCUCCAUCUGUCUCUUGAGCGGUGGGUGUGCGCUCCACAUGGUACACGAGCUGUAAACCCCGAAACUGGGCUCCUGAGCUGCGUAUACUGCGGCAUAGUUGAUCCAGAUGAAUCGCACAUCGAAAGCCACAACCACUCGACGUGCCAGGAGAAGUCGGCAGCCGAGCGGACUUUCUACAGGAAAGAUCAUUUGAACCAGCAUCUUCGUUUGGUUCACAAUGUUAAGUUUGCAGACUGGUCUAUGAAAUCUUGGAAGGUUGCGGCUCCGGAGAUCAGGUCACGCUGCGGUUUCUGUGGCAUUGUGAUGGACACUUGGACAAUACGUGUUGAUCAUUUGGCAGAGCAUUUCAAGACAGGUUAUUCCAUGGCUGACUGGAAGGGAGACUGGGGUUUUGACAGCUCAGUGCUCGAUAUGGUCGAGAACUCUGUUCCUCCUUACCUGAUUCAUCAUGAAAGGAAUUCCCCCUUGCCUUACGUAGCAAGCCAGCCCUCGCCGCAGUCACCUCGUAAUGCCUACGAACUGAUUAAACUCGAACUGGAAUACUUCACGGCCAACUAUUUGGAGCAGAACGGAACCCACCCUACCGACGAGGAGCUCAUGGUCGAAGGAUGUCGUAUCAUUUACGCUAGCGAAUUGUUGUCUCUUCAGGGAAUCGCAUCAGAGGUCUCCUGGCUUCGUGAUGUCAUCAUGAAGAUGGAGGAGUUGGCCCUCAAAGCUCGUUUUGGACCCCUUCGUGGUGCUACGGAAAACAGACUGGCUACACUCAAAAUUAACGGCAAGGACAACCUGUUCGAGUUGUGCCCCCUGGAAUUCCAACUUCAAGAGUUCGUCAGGGCCAAGCGCCUGCUGGGCCUAACUGCUAUGGACUAUGAGUUGCAGCAGGAGGCCUGCAGAAUUGUUGGUCGGGUCGAGGAAGUGUCCGUCCAUCCUUCAGACAUCGUUGCAAACUGGCUGCUUCGACUCAUCCGGUCUUCAACCCACUGGCUAGCCGAUUUUCGACGCCGAGCACACCUGCCGAGGACCGAAGAUGUGAAGAACGAUACGUGCCGAUCGAACGACCCAACCGUUAUCGAUUCUACCAUCCAUAGUUAUACAAGGUUGGAAAGCGAGUUGCGCGACUUCCUCCGGGACCAGCGUGCUCUGGGGUUGGAACCCACGGAUGAAGACCUCCAGCGACAAGCCCGUAUCAUCAUAUACGAAUUCGACGACGGAUGGAACCAAACCGCUGCGGACAACGCUUCGUGGUUGAGAGCUUUCAAGGAGCGCCAUCUCCACGACUUGAGCCCCGCGAUCACGGAAACUUCACCAGGACUCUCUCUGACGAAGACGCACCCAUCGACCACCACGGAUACCCCCAUCACACUACAUUCCCCAGAUGCCGUGAGAGCUGCGCCCAAAGCUCUCGAUGCGAACGGAAAUCUUCUCAAGCUGACCCCGUUCUUCCUCAACGACGCAAACUGCUAUCGUCGAUUGUCAAAGGAACUGGGACGGUGGGUUGCGGCUACUAUGUCUCCCAAUAAUCCAAACCAGCACGUUCCAUCCGACGAGGAGUUGAAACACCAAGCUCGUUAUGUUAUUUAUGAAACUGAUGAUCCUUGGAACCAAACAGCAGCAGACAACGCCGAGUGGCUGCAGCGGUUCAAGCGCGACGUUGGAAUCAUUAAUGAUGCUGGCCCGGGUCUCCCAGAAUGCUCUGCCUGGGCUGUCGAGCAGGGAGGCUCUGGUUUCGCUCCCCCUUACACGUUCCCCAAGAGCCAGCUCGAGCCGUUUAGCGGCGACGUGCAAAUCAGCAUGAGGGCUGGGACCAAACCGUUCUCUGCAGGCCAAUCGGGCGCCAACGGUUUCCUGGAGAAUCUCACAUCUAGAGAUCAGCGACCUGCCGCCAUCUUCUGUUCUCGCGAGCUGGAGCGGCGAUUGCUCGAGUUUACAAGGAAAUUUGUUGUUGAUACCGGCCGAUUACCCUCCGGGGACAGCUUGAGACGCUACGCCCGACAGGUCAUGGGGACUAACACGACACCGGUGGAUGAUCCGGUGCUUUUGGCGAAAUUCCAGGAAUGGAUAAUGCAGAAAUGCCCCGGCGUCGAGCUAGCGGAGCCCGAGACGUCGUGCCUGCCGAAGAAUAUGGAUGUCAAUAUCUCGGAUGAGGAUCUCGAGUACAUGCUCCAGGAUAUGGACUUUGAUUUCGGCACCGGGCAGUAUGACGGGGCGGUAGAGUCAGAUGGCGGAGUGUCCCUGGCCGGUUUCAACGACUAG